UUUUUCGUUGACCCUGAUCGACACGCUGGAUACACUUGUGAUAUUGGGUGACAUCACUGAGUUCGAACACGCCGUUAAAUUAGUGACGUCAAGCGUAUCAUUUGACAACGAUGUCGUAGUCUCUGUCUUUGAAACCAACAUCCGAGUGUUAGGCGGUCUAUUGUCGGGCCACGUGUUAGCUGAAUACCUGCAGGCAAGGCAUGGAGUGAUGCGCUGGUAUGCCGGGGAGCUGCUCGAUCUAGCCAAGGAUCUCGGCUAUCGGCUGUUGCCAGCCUUCAACACCACUACCGGAAUACCACAUGCACGGAUCAAUCUGCGCCAUGGUUUGAAAACACAGAAGCUGGAGUGGUCUCGUGAAACGUGCACUGCUUGUGCUGGCACUAUGGUCCUGGAAAUGGCUGCUCUUUCUAGGCUCACUGGUGAACCCAUUUUUGAGGAGAAGGCUCAUCGCGCCAUGGACGAACUCUGGCGACUGCGACAUCGCAGUUCGGAUUUGAUGGGGACUGUACUCAAUGUACAGUCUGGUGCCUGGGUGAGGAGGGACUCUGGAGUUGGGGCUGGCAUCGAUUCCUACUACGAGUACUGUUUAAAGGCAUACAUUCUGUUGGGCGACUCGCGCUACCUGGGCCGAUUCCAGCGUCACUACUCGGCGGUGAUGAAGUACAUCUCACGGGGCCCCAUGCUGCUAGAUGUGCACAUGCAUCGGCCACACACCAACUCACGCAACUUCAUGGACGCACUGCUUGCGUUCUGGCCUGGUUUGCAGGUGGGUUAG